AUGGAGAUAACACCAUCAUCGAUUGCCACCCAUUAUUAUAAGAUUGGCCAUAUAAAACAUGUCCAAUACUCCAUUUAUACACACGAGAAUGAUCAAAGUCUAUUGGAACUAGAACUUACCAUCAGACACAAAUAUCCCAAUAUACUUAUCACCUAUUAUAAUAAAUGCUUGUAUCACUUCAAGUUAGACAAAGAAAAGUCUACCAUUAACAUGGACGAAUGGCUGUUGAUAUUGAAAAGUCAGGGAACUGUUUCAGUAGAUGCCAUUGCCAAUCCAAAGUCCAGUGGAUCAUCAGCUGGUACUGGAAGUGGUGGGGGAAGUACUUCAGGUAGCGUAGGAGGUAGUGCUGGAGGAAACCGUCCAAAUCCCACCAAUGGGUCAACUACCGGUACCACUCCACCAAAAGAAGAGAAUGAAACUUUUUUGAGUGUAAGUCUUUUGAAAGCCAUUAAAAAGUCAGUGAUCUAUAAAUUAUGUCUGAAUCCUAAAGUAAGGAUUUUUGGAAAUUAUAUCAUAUUGAAAAGAUUUAAUACCAACCAUGUUAUCCACCUUGACACCAUAAUACUUGCUAAUGGUGAUAUUUUAGUGUCGGCCAUUGAAAAUAAUGAUUUAAACUUAUAUGACUCAAAGAUCUUGAAGAUCAAUGAGAUAACGAAUGGUACUUACAAUGAAGAAUUGAAUUCCAAUUUCGUCAUUUAUUUGGUUCCUUCAGGAAUACGAUGUCAUUUGUUUGAUAGUUUGAAGAUACUAAACAGUUUCACCACCACCCCGCCGCAGAAUGUUGACACUAUUAAAGAGUUGGUGAGGUUUUGUACUAGAAUGGAACUAAAAUCUAAUGUUUGGGUAAAGCUUAUUCCCAAUCUACAACAUUUGAAUAAUCAAACAUCCAAAAUUGCCAAGUUCAUCCAUGAAGUCGAAAACAAAAAGUAUAUUUUGUGGCCCUGGGAUUUAUGUGUACUACAAUUUGGAAAAUUCGAGCCCGAAACUAAUCUUUCGAAUCCUGUUGAUGAUGAUUUGAUAGGAAAGUUCCUUGAUUUCAAAAUAGAGAUUAAUAACCAGAACGUGAAGUUUGAUGAAUUUGAUAAAUUCUUCGAAAAUGAAAUCAAUCCGUCUCAAGACAUGAAUCUCGAUUUUGACAUAGACUUAGAGAUCAAGGAUCCUAUAAAUAUUGAAAUUGAAGAAUUGGAUAAGCCAGAUAAUGACGAGGAUUUGUUUGGGGACGAAAGUGAUCUUGAUAUCGAUAAUGAUGAUAUUGCCAAUGUUGAACCAGAAACUCAACCUCAGUCUCCUGACAAACAACUACAGGAUGUAGAUUUGAAUGAUGUUAAUGUUAAUGUGGAUUUUGAUCAAACGAAUGACUUGUUUGAUUUCUUACCUAUGGAUCAAUCAAUAUUUGAUAUUCCAAAAGAUCAAAUGACUUACGAUGACCCAGGUGCUCCUUUACCAAUAAUUCCCACACCUCGUCAAACGAAUACCAGCAAAUCUUCUUUUUCACCCAUAGUUUUUAACCCAUUGAUCAAAUCUAAUAUUGAUACUAAAUAUGGAAAGGGAGGAAAGUUUUAUGUUGCUCGUAAGGGAAACGACACUUCUAAGUUAAGAGCGACUAGUGUCAGUGGAGCAGAAAUCAGGAAAGACUUAUCUGCAAAUAGUUCAUUGAUAGGAAGUGCUGUCAGUGAUUCAGAGAGUGAAAGUGAUGAAGAUGAAGAUGAAAUGUUAACUCCUUUGAAAUUGAACGAUUUCCCCUUCCAUUCAUCUCAUCGUCAAAUAUUACCUACUACAGAACCACCGGCUGCCAUUGAAACAGUCCCACCUAACGAUACAACCCAUUUUGAUGAAGACAAGCCCGUGCAUUCUUCAGCGUUUUCAUCACCUAAUGUUUUCAUGUCCAAUAAACUUACCAGUUUGUCGAAGUUUGAAUCACCUUUUUCUCCUGAUAGAUUGAAAUUUUCCCCUUUGGAUACAGAGGAUUUCAAAAAUAGAGCUGGAACUUCAAUACCGACCAAUAUGAACAUGAAUACCAGUAUGAACCAAAUGACACCCAUAUUUACACCUGCUUUACAUAACAAUCUUGGAGGAACGAUGUUGGGAGCUACACCUGCUCCUACACCGUUUUCAAAUAUUGGUAUUGGGUUAGGCAUGUCAUCAAAUUCUGUAGCUGGUCCUACAGCCAUUAGUAAUAGUAACAGUAACUUAGCUGUGACUUCAAGCUCCAGUGGAGCCACUACCAAUAGCGAAGAAUCUUCAAAUUGUUUACCUUUGAUUUUAAGAGGUAUAAAUGUCUCCACAAUUCCUGAAGAGUAUUUAUUGAACAAUAUUGCUGGAGCUAUCAAAUUUUUACCUUCAGCCAGUGAUUUUGAAAUGGUGGAUGAAGAUGAUGAAGAUGGAAUAUUUAAAAAGAGUGAAAUGAUUGUUAACAAUCUCGAUUUCCUUGAAGUUCUUACCACCAACUUAGUGUUUGAUUUGGGAUUGAAUGAGUUCAACUUUGUUACUUCUGUACCUCCAUCAGAACCUGCGACGGAAGUCUUUGGUGAUGAGACUAUCGAUGAUCUCAUUUCAUCAUCAUUUACUGGUUAUAGAAUCAAGCUAGAUGAAUUUUUGAGUGAUUUGACAGCCAUAGAAAUGGAUCAGUUCAGUUUUCUUGAUGAAUUAACUAACGAUGAGAUGGACCCCAAGUCCAAGCUCAAGAAAUUGGAAUCAAUCGAAUGGGAUACUUUUGAAAAUGAAGAGAAUUUCCACAAGUACAAAGAAACCAUGGAGGAAAUCAAUGAUAAUAAAGUUUUAGACGUAUCCAACAGUAUUCAAACACUUCCUGAGAAUAAGAUCAAAGCGAAGAAAUCUGGAGAGAUUGUCAAUUUGAAUGCUACGGCCUUGAAUUUUUGGAAAUUCUUGAACUUUCAACCUGACUUCACCAAAGAUUUCAAGGUUAUUUUGGUCAGUGAAGUAGAAAGUGAAUUUUUGUCAUUACUACAAUAUAAUUAUCAUGACUGUAAUUUAGGUAAAAUGGAUAUCUUGGAAGAAAUCAUCGUGAAUGGUGAUUAUAGAAAAAUGUAUAAAAAGAUAAUCAAAAAACUUGAAUCAAUAGAGCUUCCUGAAGAACCAAUUUUAUUGUUAUUUGUCAAUUUUAAUGAUAAAAUGAAUUCCAUUUUACAAAUAUCCAAAAUCUCCCAAGUUUUAAAAGGUAAUGUUUUUGUUAAGAUCUUACCAUCAUCAGCAAUAUUCCAUCAUAAGAGACUUAAAUAUUUGUCAAGUAGUUUCCUUACCACUUUGAAUCUUAACUUAUUCAACAUCUGUCCUCCGAACAAGUUGUUCACCAAUGUUGUUAAAGAUCCAUUGUCAAAAGUAGCCUUCAAGUUCUUUCCUAAACAUGAUAACGAUACUUCUUUUGAUGAUGCUUUCUUACAUUUAGCUUAUGAAAGAUCAAUAGAUAAACAAUGGCUUAGUGUGGCAUGGUCAGAUCCUACUGGAUUGGUGACUAAGACCAAGAGUUGGAAAUUGGGAGAUUUGAAAUCCGUAAGUGAUGAAGUAUUCGAUAUUUCGGUUGAACUAUUCAAAAUCUUGAAUGAUGAAAUCAUCUCCAGAACUAAUGGGUUAGGUGGAAAGAAAUUCCUCGUUUUAACCAGAUUGAAUAGCGUUAUACCAGAUGAUGAAUUAGUUCAUUGGAAAAGACUAAGUUUAAAGUAUAAAGAUAUCUCAUUAAUUGUAUUGUCAGUUAGUGGUCAAACAAGAAAUACUUUCAGUGAUUUGAAUUCACCAAUUGUCAAUGAGGUUAACCUACAGGGCAUGAAUAAUACAUCCAAUAAUGCAUCGGGUGGUACUUUCAGUCCAUUUUCUCCUUAUUCUUUCUUAUCACCUGACCCUAAAGAAGUCAAUUACAAAGAUAUGGUGAUCCAAGAUUGUAAUAUAAUAUCAUUGAUACCUCAAAGUUCCGUCCCAUCGUUCAACUGUCCUACAAGAGUGGGAAUGAAAUUGGGAUUGCUUGUGAAAAAAUUGGAUCCUGGAUAUGAAAUCUUUGAAGUAAACCUUUUGAGUUGUUCUAAUUACUGGAAUGUUAAUAAUCUUAUGAAACUUAUUUUGAACCAUUAUAAGAAGAUGAUGGUGUUGGGAGAUAUUUUAGGUGUUGGUAAUGAAAUACCAUGGCAUAUUGCAGCUGUGAAUAAGAGUUUGAGGUAUCUUGUGCACAUUGAAGUUGAAACCUAG